UUGCGGCACUCUUCAGCUACACCUCGUAUUGAGCGUUUCGCGGCGGCGGGUUACGAUGCGUGGCGCGUUGUAUCUUUAUUAUUAAUUAUUUGUUGUUGUUGUUUAUACUCUGUACCGUUUUCAUUUCCCAUCGCUCGUGUGUGUGCGCCGUGCGUGUGUGUGUGUGCGUGUGCCUAUGCGUUUUGCCCCCCAAAUCCCCCAAAACGCCUCACCACCCCCACUCUGCCGGGAAAAAAAAGCCCCCAAAAAAGCAAAGAAUUACUCAAAAGGCAAAACUGCGAAGCGCGAGUGUGUGCCAGUGUGUUGAAAAAAAAUAAUAGUAAAGAAAUGAUAAAUUACGGCCUUGCAACAUGCGGCGGCAGAUGAAGUUUGUUCGGUUUCAGAUCACAACAAAAUCAUAGGAUACGCCUACAACAUAUAUCGCUAUAUACAGUACCAGUCAAUCAAUCAAUAUCGUGUGCAUUCAAAUUCCACAUCGUGCCUACAACUGCAACUGCAAUUGCGCGCCCUCUCUCCGCGAGUAAAAAACGGAAACGGAAGUGCCAGUGACGUAAUACUCCCGAAAAAUCCCGGGAGAAUCCCCCCACAGCCUCCCCCCCAAUUUGUGCAACAAAAACAAAGCCAAUCUCCGUGUAUGUACAUCAUUCCCGUGCAAUAUGCUGAAUGCCAUGAUUUGGCCAUGGCUGACAGUGCGUAGCAAAAGUAUUUACAUAACUGGCCAAACCAUUUUGUACAUCAAAGUGUUCAAGCUGGGGGUUUGAAUAAAACAUACACUGAAAACAAACCGAUGAACGUUUCCACGGCAGCGACAGUUCGAAUCGAUGAGAAACAGAUUGCGCCUAAAUGUCUUCCGGAAUUAAUUGUCGUGAAAUUUUCGUAUUUUUGGAAAUUUUGAUUUGGAAUCAAGCAAAACAGAGAAAUCGACAAAACAAUGAGCAUAGCAGCAGCAGCAACAACAACAACAACAGUAACAACAACAAGGAAACCAACAGCAGCAGCGGCAACAACAACACCAACAAGCAGCACAAUAAAAAUCACAGCAACCGUAGCAGCAGCAGCAGCAACAACAGCGACAACAACAACGCAGUGAAAGUGAUAAAGCAGCAGCAACAACAAAAGCUACAGCAACAACAACUGCCCAAAGCAACCAAAAACAAAAACUUCAAUAGCAAUAACAAUAGCAGCAGCAACAGCAACAAUCUGCACUUACUGCAAAAGGGCUAAAGCUGGAAGUUCGAUUUAAAUAGAUAUUAUCAAAUCAUAGAAAAUUGCUUUAAAUAAACGAUAGCGAUAGAUAACUAAGCAAGUUUAAUACAUACGCGAACAAGUGUCUUAUUAACAAAUAGUUUGAUAAACGAAUUAAUAAGGAAACCCCAAUAAUUAAGCGGCAGCAACCACAUAUAACAUCAGAUCCAAACAACAUCAACAAUUUAGUACCUACAGGCCUGACAACGUUAGAUCAUUAUAUACAUACAUAUAGAUAUAUAGCAAUAUACAUACAAAACAAAUAUAUAUAUACAUAUAUAUCGAUUGGCAAGCCCCCUCACACCGCCCCCCUCCGCCCCCGUCUCACAAACACCCACACACACUGUGAUAGUUCUUGAUUCACACUGAAUGCGAAAAGCGCUGAAAAUUCAUUCACGAAACCAUCUGCGGACUAGCUAAAAAAACCCAGGCCAC